ACUAGUGCAGCUUUUGCGUCUGUCUUAUUCACAUUCCCGGGAACCGUCAUAAACUCAAAAGGGGAGGAGAUACUGAGAAGAUUCCACGCAUUUAGAAUGAGAUCUCUCCAAACUGUUCUGCCAUUGCUAGUCAGCGCUGUGCUGUGUUUGGGGUGCACCAUGCUGCACGCAGCUCCCCUGGCAGAGUUCUCCGGGGAUCAGGAUUUCCAGCAAUUCCUGCAGAAGGACCUGGAAUACAUCCGCAAAAUCAAAGGGGACGUCGCCCAGGUGCAGGAGCUUGUGUGCACGACCCUCCAGCUCUGCAACGAGGAGGAGCUGAUGCUUGUCAAGCAGAAACUGGGCAUUUCCCAGGCCCCGCUGGAUCAGUGUCACAGCAAGACCUUCCACGUGGAUGCCUGCUUCAGCCAGAUCCGGGACGGGCUCCAAAUCUACCACGGCCACCUCGCCCUCCUCCUCCAGCUCCUGCCGGCUCACUCCAGCCUAGUGGAUGCCCUCCAGCUGGACGUCUCGAACCUGUCCACUAACAUCCAGCAGCAGAUGGAGGAUCUGAGUGGUCUGAACACGGUGACGUACCCCAAGGCCGAGGGCCAGGACACCCUCCCCAGCCUCUCGUCCGACUUCGACAAACAAGCCGGCGGAUUCAUCAUCCUCGCCAACUUCAAGCGCUUCCUGGAGACUUCCUUGCGGGCCCUCCGCCACCUCACGCUGGAGUGAAGGGGCGCGGGGGUUGGCGCCUGAGGAGUCCCAUGCCUUGGGGAGGGGCUCCGGACUUUGAGAUCUAAGGGGGAGUUUUACGGGGGAGGUCUCCCAGCCGGAGAUUCUCCCUUAUUCCCCCCACCACCUCCACUCUGCAAAGCAACAACCAAGGCUCUUAACUAUUGGACUGAGGCAUCAGCAGCAGCUGCCCCCUCCCUCGGGGUCAAUGGCAAACCCUGCCCCAAACCCGUUUACUAUUCCCCGGGGUUUGAGGCUGGGCAUGGUUCUCUUUUAGGGUGACCAGAUAGCAAGUUUGAAAAAAUCAGGACAGGGGUGGGGGUAAUAGGUGCCCCAAAUACUGGCCCUGUCCCUACAAAAUCAGGAUAUCUGGUCACCCUGUGCUAUUUAAAGGUUAUUUAUUUCUCAUUCGUGAGCUUCACCGCUGGUUGGUGCAUCCACACACGCAGCCCCAAUGCAAACCCUGCCCGGCUUAUUUAAUAUUUAUCACUAUUUAAUAUAUUUAUAGGGGUGUGGAAGCUGUUGGCAGAUGUAUUUAAGUGCAACUGGUCUAUGGUAUGUUUUUAAAGUCCAACUCCAUUCCCUUUAUAAUGACCCACAGGCAUCAUCACUGAAUGUUGUGCAGCAUCAGCAAAUCCGGGAACAGGGCCUGGGCUGCUGGUUGUGCAUUUUGACAUGUGCGUGCAAUGGAGUUACUGUUUAAUAUUUAAACAAACGAGCGUCUCCAGUACCAGGGGGUUGGUAGCCGUGGGAUCUGGGGGAGUAGGAUGACACAGCAGGCUCCUGCAUUAGCAAAGUCCUUGGCUGGGGCACUGCUUAUGCCUAGCCCUUCUCAUUGAACGACAGGGAGGUGUUCCUCCAGGGCAGAUUGGCAGAGGCCCUGGAGGUUUUUCGCCUUCCUCUGCAGCGUGGGGCACGGGUCACUUGCUGGAGGAUUCUCUGCCCCUUGAAGUCUUUAAACCAUCAUUUGAGGACUUCAA